AGGGCGAAUAAUUAGGUAUUUACUAAGAAAUUUAGGAGGUCAAUAUGAAAGGUUAGAAGAGUGGCCCUAAGCCGCGGGGAGCAAUAGAACCAAAGUUCUUGGACCUUCUUCUCGUCUCUUCUUCCGCUUUCUUCUGGAUGAACUCGUUGGCGGAGAGGAUGGUCAAAUCGGAGCGAGGGCAUGGUUCUUGGAUUGGCUCGGCGGCGGAAGCUCAGAGAAUCGAGAGAUGUGAGCGUGAUUCUGCGAUGUUGGUUGUUGAGAGUGAUGGUGUGAGGCUUUCUGCUUCUCCGUCUCGGUGUUCGAAUGAUAAUUCUCCUUCUGGUAAAUUGGGGGUUGUAGAACGCGCUGUCUCUGCUGCUGGUGCCGCCUUUCUUUCGGCGAUUAUUGUCAAUCCUCUUGAUGUUGUCAAGACAAGGUUGCAAGCUCAAGCUGCUGGAGUUCCUUAUUCGCAUCCACUUAGUGACUGGACCAGUCGCAUGGCAUUUUUUGGACCAAAUACGAUGUUUGCAGAUUUAAGGUGUUCUCCUUCAUGUGCGCGUGCAGGGAUUCAUGGUACAGUAGCAAUAUGUCCUCCUGAUUGUUUUCAGUACAAAGGGACGUUGGACGUCUUCUACAAAAUCAUUCGACAGGAAGGAUUUGCAAGGUUAUGGAGAGGCACAAAUGCUGGCCUAGCUCUUGCUGUUCCCACGGUGGGAAUCUAUCUACCUUGCUAUGACAUAUUCCGAAAUUGGUUAGAGGAGAUCACUUCACAGAAUCAUCCUAGUGCUACUCCUUAUGUUCCUUUAGUUGCUGGUGCUUUGGCACGGUCUUUGGCUUGUGCAACUUGUUAUCCAAUUGAGCUUGCUAGAACUCGAAUGCAGGCAUUUAAGGAGAUGCGAGUUGGCAAGAAGCCGCCUGGAGUCUGGCAGACUUUACUCGGUGUUGUCUCCAAUGUUAAGAGCACAACUAAUGGUGAAACUGUCUCCGCAAAAAGUUAUCGUGCCCUAUGGACUGGAAUGGGGGCGCAACUUGCACGUGAUGUUCCAUUCUCAGCAAUUUGUUGGUCAACCCUUGAACCAGUCAGAAGGAAACUCCUUGGAUUGGUAGGUGAUGAAGCUAAUGCAGCCACUGUGCUUGGGGCCAACUUUUCUGCUGGUUUUGUAGCUGGAAGUCUUUCUGCUGCAGCUACAUGUCCCCUGGAUGUUGCAAAAACCCGACGACAGAUAGAGAAGGAUCCGGUGAGAGCACUGAGAAUGACAACAAGGCAGACUCUAAUGGAGGUUUGGAGGGAUGGUGGGUUGAAAGGACUAUUUGCAGGAGUUGGACCUCGUGUUGGCCGUGCAGGCCCAUCGGUUGGGAUUGUGGUAUCAUUUUACGAAGUAGUGAAAUAUGUUCUUCAUCAUCAAUAUCCAACGUCAGCUUCAUGACAGGGUAAGAGCUGCUUCUUACCCUCUUCCGGUGUAAGCUGUGCAUAGGAGGAACUCGUCGACCAGGGAGCUUUUUUCUUUUUGUCUUACUAUGGACGCAUGGCAACCAAAUGCAAUGGGUAUAACAUCUCAGUUUUGUAGAUUUUCUCUAGGCUAAUAAUAACCAACCCCCCCCCCCCCCCCCCCCCCCC